AUGGCCGUCAGCAGUCCCCCCACCUCUGCCUUCACCGGCGUCAUCAUCGGCCUCGUCUCCUCUUUCGGGUCCAUCGUUCUCAUCGCCCUCGUCGUCUUUGUGUUUUGGGCUUCUGGAUGCGCGGGCUCGGGGCGCAUUAUCCUUGAUCGCCUCGGCCGGCCCGGCGAGUAUGAUGACGAGCAGGCCUUUUUGCGUGAGGAGGCCGAGGCUUUGGAGACCAUGGACGACAUGACCCGCACCGAAUAUCUCAGAGCAAAGGCAUUCGUCACUGCCAAUCCACCCGAGUCGCUGCAUACCGACAUUUCGCUUUCGCAAUACCUAGCGAUUCAGGAAAAGGGUGUUUCGGCCUGGGAGUUUGAGCCGGAGCUGGAGGUUGCCAACUGUUUUGUCGAGGCCCGUACGGAAAUCGAGUUCUUCGACUCCGAGUGCACCGUCAUGUGCAACCUGCCUGUUCCCAAGCAAAACGAUGUCUACUAUUGGGAAGCCAAGAUUUACGAAAAGCCUGAGAAUACCCUGCUCAGCAUUGGAAUGGCCACAAAACCCUAUCCGCUGUUCCGAUUGCCUGGUUAUCACAAGUAUUCCGUGGCAUACCAUUCGGACGGCUCCCGCCACUACAACCAGCCCUUUAGCUCCACGCCAUACGCUCCGAAACUGGUCCAAGGCGAUGUUGUUGGUGUUGGAUACAGGCCUAGAACCGGAGCCAUCUUUUUCACGCGAAACGGCAAACGAUACGAAGAGGUUGUUCACGGACUCAAGUCGCAAAACUUCUUUCCGGCUAUCGGUGCCAACGGUCCGGCCAUUGUACACGUCAACUUGGGCCAGUCUGGAUUUGUCUUCAUCGAAGCCAAUGUCAAGAAAUGGGGUCUGGCUCCUGUGACGGGUAGUUUGGCGCCGCCGCCGCCGUACGGGUCUGAGCAGGGAAGCAUUCUGUUAGAGACGGGCACCAAGGAUGGCGCCUUCUCUGGUCAAGGACUGCCGCAUCGUCAAUCCGUCACUGGCUCGCCGUAUACAGUCACGGGUGGAAGAAGCAACUUGAAUCCUAGCCACGGCCGCACACGAAGCGGCAACUUUCGAGUCCUUCCACCAACAAGCCCGGGCCCUGUGCGAAGUCCAACCGACAUCUCGCUUGCGCAGCUCGUCCCCAACGAUGAAGGCGGUGAGGCUAGUGGCAGCACCGGCCAUCAGGAGGCAUAUCACGACGACAACCCGCUGCAUUUGCACCUGGAAGACGCUACUAAUCCUCCUCCAGACUAUUCCAGCCCAACACACUCCGAUUCCGGGCAGGAUCGACGACGGUAUAGCACCGACAGCGAGGAGAACACGCCCUUGAUACGAGUAAUGAACCGGGGCCGCGGAGACUCGUCUGCUACCGCGACACCCAGACUACAGAAUACCCCCAGCGGACCGGUCCCAAGCUACAGUGACGCCGUCCGGGAUGGUGCCGGAAUCCAGCGCAGUGACAGCUCGGAAUCGGACUCAUCAGAUGCAUCAUCAUCCUCAUGA